AUGGUUCGGACCUUGAACUUGCCAUAUCGGGGAAUCGAGACGACUUCAGUAGUUGGCCCCUUUUUCUGGUCUGCUCACGACCAGGAUGAAGACGAGCCUCAUUUGCAAAUUGUCCACCGUAAAUCAGAUGUUCUCAAGAAAGGGAGAACACGAGGCUGGGAGAUGCUUCUCUCACACUCCCUCAAGACCGGGGUCACCACCGGUUUUAUCAAAGGCACUCCCAGCUCAGAAGUUGAAAAGUCCUUGACCCAUCUCAAAGCAUGUGCUUACCAAGUUGGACACCCCAUGUUACUCCCCAUCAUCAUCCUCACGUAUGAUCUGUCCCCCGAAAAUGACGAGAAACAGCGAAAGGCUCGGCACUGGCUUCGCCGUCUCGAAAAUGCCGUGAGUUUGCGCAAUGAAGUUGAGGAGCAGGAACAGUACUUUCAAAAUGGAUUUAUCGAUAUCGACGGUCUGAGUCGUGAUCUGGUUGAGUGUCAUGGCAAUGUCAUGUGGAAACGACCUCAAGCAUAUGAAGCACUGGUCAAAGAGAUGGAAAAGGCCAUGGAGACCUUCCGUUUUGCUUGGAUGACACUGGCUCCUGCGGCCGAGGAGCAAAACGAAGCCGAAAGAAAGCACCGUAAGGAAAUUCAAAAAUUGCAUCUCAGUAUGGCAUCUCGUUUGGACUUUUACAAAGUCAAGCUCAAGGGCUUGGAGAACUACAUUCAUACAACUCUCGAGAGACUCAAGGUUCAGCGGGAAGCGCUCUACAACAUCAUGUCACAGCGUGAAGCAAGACUGAAUCUUGAAAUUGCAGGAGAGCAGAGGCGAAUAGCCCAUGCUAGCAAGCGAGACAGUACGGCUAUGAAGACAUUGUCGCUCAUGGGUGCCCUAUUCUUACCUGGAACAUAUCUCGCAUCCGUAUUCAGCAUGACAUUCUUCGACUUCGGAAAAGAUGCCGACCCUGUCAUUUCUGUUGAGCUUUGGGUAUACUUUGCCAUAACGGUUCCCGUAACGGCGCUGAUAGUCGGUGCCUGGACGUUCAUUGACAAACGCCGCCAAGAGCAGCACAAAAAGGACGACGCAGACCUUGAGAAGAAUAUCGACAAGAUGGAAAAGGAGAUCAUGUUUGCCCUUAGGAAGCGGACGAUGAGUAAAGCCAAUACCUGGAACACUGUCAGCCCACCCCCGAAGCCAUGA